AUGGAGACCUGUGUGGACGCUCAUGUGUGGGCCUGUGUGGACACCUGUUCCUCCUGUCUAAAUACUACCCAUAGUCUACUUGUACCCUACUCUGUGUGUGUCUGUCUCCCCAAUAACAUAUGGCUGUACCUGGCUGUCCUCGUGGGCCUGUACUACCUUGUGCGCUGGUACCGGGAGAGGCAGGUGGUGAGCCACCUCCGAGACAAGUACGUCUUCAUCAUGGGCUAUGUCUCUGGCUUCGGGAACCUGCUGGCCAGACAGCUGGACAUGCGGGGCAUGAGGGUGCUGGCUGCGUGUAGGACAGAAAAGGCGGUCGAGCAGCUGAGAGCCCAGAUGUCAGACAGGCUAGAGACAGUGACUCUGGAUGUCACCAAGACAGACAGCAUCACUGCAGCCGCCCAGUGGGUAAAGGAACGUGGUAGAGACAGAGGACUCUGGAGCCUGAUGAAUAAUGCCGGCAUCUCCUUCUCCUCGGCCCCCAAUAAGUGGCUGACCAAACGAGACUUUGUGACCAUACUGGACGUGAACCUGCUGGGGAUGAUCGAGGUGACUCUGAGCCUGCUGCCCUUAGUGAGGAAGGUGAGGGGCCAUGUGGUCAACGUCUCCAGUGUGGCGGGUAGAUUGUCCCUUGUAGGUGGCAGCUACAGCAUCUCCAAGUUCGGUGUAGAGGCCUUCUCAGAUUCCCUCAGCCACCGAGAUGCUCGGACCUCUGAACUCCUUGCACUCGGCCUGUCUGUGUUGCAGGAGGGAGCUCGCCCCUUUGGGGUGAAGGUGGCUGUAGUUCAGCCUGGUACCUUCAAGACGAACAUGACCAACACUGAGAGAGUUUUUCUGCAGGUCCAGGAGGUGUGGGACCGGGCCCCACCCGAGAUCAAGGAGCUCUAUGGCGAGAAGUUUCUGGCAUCCUACCUCAAAUUACUAUCUGAACACCUUUUGGCAAUAUGCAAUGAGAAUCUGUCGGAGGUGACAGACUGCAUGGAGCAUGCGCUGACAACCUGCCACCCCCGCACCCGCUACUCAGCUGGCUGGGACGCCAAACUCUUCUACCUCCCCAUGAGCUACAUGCCCACCUUCCUGGUGGACGCCAUCCUCACCUAGGGCCUCCCAAGCCUGGCCAAAGCCCUGUGACGCCGGGACUGUGGCACUUGUUUGGGUGGGGUUGUAUUCUGUGAGGGGGUGUUUCUCCUAGGGAGAGGAAAUAGAGUGGAAGGUGAGAACUCUCAUGUCAGCAGGUCACCUGUCGUACC